CGCUAGAGGUCUAUGAGCUCUACUUAAUAUUCUCGAAAGUUUUAAUAGUUAGUUGGUUAUUCGAUUCUGUUACUACUAGACUUGUGUCACUAGUUACGUAUCAUUUUUCUAUGUAACAUUAAGUCAGUUGUUUGACAUGUGUUGUCUAUAUGUAUACAUUAGCAUGUACAAGAUUGUUAAUUAAUAAAUAGUCAACGCGUUGAGUGACGCAGCCAUUACUGAUAUUCGAUGUAUGCAAAAUAGUAAUCUCCUAAACUGGCAUCUAAUGUAACAAAUAAUAGUGUAUUGCGAAACGAAUAUGGAAAAAUAAGGAAAUUUUGCUUGAGACUUAAUAUUUUAACAAUGCAAAACAACUUAUUGAUCGCUCAAUAAUUGAAACCCGUGUUAACUAGAUUGCACCAAUCAAAAUAUAUUCCCUCAACUUCUAGGAAUGUGUAUAGUUCAUGAAAAUUGAAAACAUUAGUUGAAGAAAACCUAAGGUGGUCUUCGGUCGUUGAUAAAGUGUCAAGCGAUUGUAUUAUUUACUUUCGAUGUAUCUAUACCUUAGGCCCACCUAUAUACAUUAAUGGCUGGGAAUGAUAUAAAACAGAAUUUACGAAAAUUAGAUUUUCCAUAUUGCGCUAGGGAAGCUUUAUGCAUGAUCGAGGUACUAUGGAGACCAGGAAAUCAAAUCGGCUUGCAGUUGGAUUUAAUAUCGGAAUUCGUAUUCGGCGAAAUAGAAAGGCGAAAAAAACGCAAUAUGACUAUAGCUAUACAAGAAUUGCAAUUAAUAGAAGUACUCAGUGAUUUUUUUCAAAGUCCAGGAGGAAGUGCUGCUGUACGAAACGCGGUGUUUUUAUCCCUUUUCCCAGCAGAUAGUCCCAGGAACAAAUUAUUGGGGAAUUUAGUAUCAUUUGCAAUAGCUACACAAAAUAAAGCAGUAUUGAAUGCAACUGGAAUUUGGAUGCAACAGUUAGGUUCUACCUCUCCACAGAGUGUAGGAUUAGCAAGGCAUGUACUUAAUGAUUACUUUGUCCUUACUCCAAAGUCUAUUGAUAAAUUGAAGCAGCUUCCCAUUCUUGCACCACAUUUCACGGCCAACUUACUGACGGCAAUAGGUGAGGUCUAUGAAGAUAAAGAUCCACCUACUGAACUGCUCAGAUUAGUAGGAGAAUGGAUUGAUGAAAAUCCAAGUCUUCUUUUAACACCUUUAAUGGAUAAUCCAGCCUUGCCUACUGGUGGCAUUCCAAUGACACCUAUUACACCCAUAGCAGGCUUAUUCAGGUGGUGCAUUUUAUGUCCCCUUCGUUUAAAGAACACAGAAAAUUGUCAAGAACAAAAGAAACUGUAUUCUAAGAUUCAACAGCUACUUAUGGAUUCAGUAUUAAGAUUAAAGAAUAGUGGAAACAAUAAGCAUGCAAUUUCAGCACAGCAUUUUGCAGCCACAACACGUGCUUUAAGCAGCAAUUUGGGAUCACAUUCAACCGCUAGUCUACCUGCACGUGAUUUAGCUAUGGAACGACUUGCACAAGCUAUAAGUGCAGCAAUGUCUGCAAAUUGCAUUUAUGGAAACAAACAGGAACUAUUGGCUUUGUUACAACCUUUAGCAUAUCAACACUUUCUGAUUGAAUGGACAUUGCAGACUUAUGGAAAUAAAGCUUCUUGAUUUACUGAAAUAGUUAUUUUAGCUUACAUUGUUCAUAUUUUGUACAUAAAUUGAAUUGCAACACAACAGAUGUCUGUAGUAGUUAUUAAUGUAAA